CUAGUCCAAGGGACGCAGCCACACGGUAGAAUGAGAUAUCAAUAUCACUCUCUAACGCAUAAAUGCGUCCUCCAGACUGGCUCACGCUGGCCCAUUCUGUAGAGGGGCCUUAAGCUUAACGCGAGAUCCACAGGUCACAGAGCCACUAGUAUUUAAAGUAAAGGAAAAAAAAUCAAAGAGAGUUAAAAACGUGUUUGUAUCAAAUUUCUGAACGCAGCGGCUACGCUCCCGCGCACAGCUGUCAACUUCUUUAAGUAAUGUCACUUUUGUUGUGCUUGGUUGUGCUUCAUGGUUGUUGAUUUAAUAAUCGUAUGUGAUUAUAAAAUCGGUGAAUAGAAGAGAGUUUUAAAGUACUAAUGUGAUGGAAUCUAUAAACCAGUGCCACUGCUGCCUGCAGCGGCCUUCGGCGAAAGAUUUGAGGACACCGUACACUCGUCUCGGCAUAACGGAAAUAUACUCGGUCAUGAUCGAAGAAUGCUUUGUAAUCAAACUGACACCGAGCAACAAUGGCAGGAGUGGUAUCUGCCAGGUGUGUCUGGGGCGGCUGCGGGAGGCGUGCCACUUCAAGAUGCAGGUGCAGCACUGCCAGGCCGAGCUGCAGGAGAGGCUAGAGGGAGGACUGAGGGUCAAAGAUGAACCUGAAGACGGCGCGUGCAGUGAGCCUUCCGAGCUGUCUCUGUUGUCUUCAGCCGGCGAGUACGGAGUUAGCUCGGCGCCUCUGUCCCUGCGCUGUAGGCAGCAGCUCGCGCUGGCCUGCUCCGUGAGGCUCGAGCGCCUCCGCCACUCCCCGCGCGCGAGCCAGCCGUGUCCCGUGACGUCACACUGCGAGCCGAGCCCCGCCAGCAGUGUGCAGGACGACGUGACGUCACACCGCGAGCCGAGCCCCGCCAGUAGUGUGCAGCACGUGACGUCACACCGCGAGCCGAGCCCUGCCAGCAGUGUGCAGGACGUGCCCGCUCACAAACCCGCCGAGGAACAAACACACGAUACUCGUCCUACACACACCACACACAGCUCUAGUUUAAACACACAUCAAUUACACCAUUUCGCACCUCAAACAAAUAAGAAGACCUACUGUUGCGACAUGUGUAGUCAGCAGUUUACAUCUAAACUUACUUUAAUCCGACAUAUCGGAACACAUAAACUGCUGGAACCUUAUCCAUGCGGAGUUUGUAAAGAAACAUUUGCAGAUAGAAUAAUAUUGGAUAAGCAUUUAAGAUUUCACUCUGCAGAGAGACCGCACGUGUGUGACGUAUGCAACAAGCGAUAUGCUACAAGAACCUCUGUAAAUCAACAUAGAAAAAUUCACUUUCGAGGGAAACCAUACAAAUGUAAAGAGUGUAAUAAGCAAUUCGCACGAAAAGAUAGUUUAGAGAUUCAUGGAAGAUCUCACCGUGGAGUGAAACCAUACAAAUGUAAAGAAUGUAACAAACAAUUUACAAGAAAAGAUAAUUUAGAGACACACAAAAAACUCCAUAGUGGUGUGAAACCAUACAAAUGUAAAGAAUGUAACAAGCAGUUCAGAGGAAGAAAUGGUUUAAAGUACCACGAAAGAGUCCAUAGUGGCGUGAAACCAUACACAUGUAAAGAAUGUAACAAGCAAUUUAAAGGAAGACAUGGUUUAAAGUACCACGAAAGAAUCCAUAGUGGCGUGAAACCAUACAAAUGUAAAGAAUGUAACGAGCAAUUCAGAGGAAGACCUGGUUUAAAGUACCACGAAAGAGUCCAUAUUGGCGUGAAACUAUACAAAUGUAAAGAAUGUAACAAAGAAUUCAAGCAAAAACAUUCUUUAGUUGUCCACGAAAGAGUCCAUAGUGGCGUGAAACCAUACAACUGUAGAGAAUGUAACAAAAAUUUCACACAAAAAUCUUCAUUAGUUGUCCAUGAAAGAAUCCAUAGUGGAAUAAAACCAUUCAAAUGUAAACAAUGUAACAAGAAAUUUACAAGAAAAUGUCAUUUAAAGAUCCACGAAAGAGUCCAUAGUGACGUGAAACCAUACAAAUGUAAUGAACGUAACCAGGAAUUAAGUCAAGAAGAUAGUUUAGAGACAAAUAAAAUGAGUCACAUCGGAGGGAAGCCGUAUAGAUGUGAAGAAUGUAACAACCAGUUUACAUUAAAAUCUGAAUUAGAGAGACAUAAAAAAAUACACACCGAUGAACAAUCAUAUGAAUGCGAAAUAUGUGAAACACUUUUUUUUGAUGAACUAAGUUUAAUGAAACAUAUUGAAACACAUCUAUCCAGGAUACCAUAACUUUAUCGUUUUGUAAAAUUGUUUAUAAUAGCUCAGUUUAAUGUGGUUAUUCCAUCGACAGAGACGCAGCUAUAUGUAGUGUUUUAUUCUUACUGCUACUGCUAUUUUUAUUGUUGGCUAAGUGUAGAUGUAGAGAUAUUUCCACGGCGGCGGCCGGAUCACAAUGACGGACGCUUUCUUUUUAUGUUCCAAGGAUUCUUUACAAAUUGGGCUACGAGCCUUGUCCGGCGAUGGGACUCCUUUAGUUGAUCUACACAAUGCCCAUAAAGGAACACUCUUGAAGGGCGCAGGCUCUCCGGGACAGUGUUUGUACAGUCAACCAACUUGAUGCCCAUAGGCCACUAUAAAACCUUGUCUCUGUAACUACUAUAUAAAUGACAUACAACACUCAAUAAGCACUGGCGUAGAGGAUGAACAAGUGUUUCAUUAUGACAUGGUUCUACAUGUGGUGACCUAGGAAUCAAAUUGGCUGACUGUAGGUACAUAUGCGCGGUGACACACGUCAUGUCAUUUGAGGGUACUUUAUAUCAAACUAAUGUACACAGUUUUUAUAUUAUUAUUAAUUAUACCGGGAGAAGCGUCAGUCAUAUUACUCAUAUU